GUUCUUGACAGAACUCUUUUCUGUGAGGAGGCAGAGUUGUCACUAUGUCGGACGAAAACAUACCACACGUGCAAGCCAAGUUUUUUACAAAACAAUCACAAUACUCGGUUCCUGAUACCCCGUACUCAGUACCAGCUACUGUAGGUACUUCAGAGCUCAGUGGACUCAUCAACCAAAUCUUAAAAGACAGUGAUGACUCUGUGGAGACAGCUGUUGAUUUUGAUUUCCUGUUGGAUGGGGAAUUCCUUAGAGAACCUCUUGACGAACAUCUAGAGAAUAGAGGAGUUUCUUCAGAAGAACAGAUUAAAUUAGAAAUAUCAGAUACAACCUGUAAGGAUUCUCUUCCAUGAAACUGGGUCAGCUGUUUACAGGGAUGUCAAGGGUGCAUACUGUCUGGUUGCUAUGACAAUACAGUCAGAUUAUGGUCCACAACAGGUGCUCCUGUCCUGACAAUACCUGGUCAUACUGCUCCAGUCAAGUGUGUCACAUGGUUAAGUACAGAUGAGGGACCUACCUGCCGAUUCAUCUCAGGCUCACAUGAUCAGACUUUACUUAUCUGGGAGUGGAAUAAAGAGGAAAAUUCAGUGGAGUGUGUCCAUGCAUGUCGAGGUCACGCUCGCAGUGUAGAUUGUGUAGCUGUCAACAAAGACAAAGAUAAAUUUGUCAGUGGAUCAUGGGACAACAUGUUAAAACUCUGGUCUGCAGCACCAGUGGCAGAGGGAGACAAAGAGGAGGAGGAAAAGGAAGAAAAAAGUGCAGCCAAAAAACAAAAGCUGUCCAAAAAAGUCCAAACCAGGGUGCCCAUUCUGACUUUAUCUGGUCACAAAGAAGGAAUCUCUGCAGCCGAGUGGAUAAGUAGGUCAGAAGUUUGCACUGCAUCAUGGGAUCACACACUGAGGAUAUGGGACAUGGAAAAAGCAACACAAACCUCACUGUUGCAAGGGAAGAAAGUCUUUUUAGAUCUGUCCUACUCCCCUUUAAACAGACAUAUUCUUACUGCUUCAGUAGACAGACACAUUAGGCUAUGGGAUCCUCGAGUAUCAGAUGGCAGAAUUGUAAGGUGUACCUAUACCUCGCACAAUGGAUGGGUUUCCGGUGUUAGCUGGUCCCCAGUGAACCAGUAUCUCUUCAUCUCAGGCUCCUACGACUGUGUUUUGAAACUAUGGGACAUAAGAAGCCCAAAUUCUCCAUUGUAUAACAUGAGUGGCCAUGAAGAGAAAAUCCUGGCAGUUGAUUGGUCAGUCCCCAGCAUGUUACUGUCCGGUGCUGCUGAUAAUCAUCUGAAGAUAUUUCAGUACAGAGACGUGCAAUCUUCUAAAAAAAAAUAAAUAUGUUAUAUGUAUGAAAAGGAAUUUCAUGAUUUCUCUGUUUUAUAGACUGUUUUAUGAAAUUUCCAAAGUUUUUUUUUAAAAGUGAGUCAUGGUGAAAAUUAAUGAUACCAUGGGAAAGGACUUGUCACUGUAAAUAAAUAUACAUUAUUAAACAUAUAUGAAAUAAAUAUAUAUAUAAAAGCCAGAUUCAACACCAGCUGCUCAAAAGUUAUGGCCAAGGUUGAAGUUUCUUUAAAGGUAGAUCAAUUUAAGCUCUUAGAGGUCAAGUUAAAAAAAAGAUGUGUUUGUGUAACACUGAUGGAAUCAGUGCUUGGAAUCUGUACAUCUGUCAUUAGAUAAAAAGAAAAGUUGUCA